AUGGACACCCCUACCUGCCCUCCCCCGCGGGACGCUCGCGAAAAGGAGAUCCUCGAGAAGCUCGUCUCGAUCCGCGACCGGCUACAGCUGCUGAAGCAAGACCGCACCAACUACAUUCGCAGCCAAGAUGUCAUCCCGCUUUACGACGAGACUAUCGAGCAGGUUCGCGAGCUCAACGAGUUCCGGUCUGCUGACCGAAGGGAGGAGAACAGAGUGGACAGAGUGUUGGAGAGCUGCUUCCAACUGCUGUCGCUCUUCUUCAUGACCAUCGGCCGAAACAACGAAGCUCCUGCCGCCUAUGCCCUGACGUCUACCAUCAGGAGACUCCUCGAUCACCUUACCGAAGUCGACCUAUUCUCGUCCAAGGACCUCGAGAGCAUCUCUCACACCGUGAAGAAGCUUGCACACAAUGUCAAAUCCACCGAGAGCGACUACUCGCCAUACCUGAUUACUCUGCUGUCUAAGAGACUAGAGCUUUGCGAGAAGUCAUUGGAGCAUCUUCAGAAGCGACUGGACCGCCUUGAGGAUCCCCUCCCCAAGACGUACGAGAAAUUGAUUUCGAUCCUGAGAUCGAUGUCAUUGGCGAACACUCGAACAAAGUUUUCCCUGUCCGAGGUCCAGAAGCUCCAAGUCCAACUGCGCGAAAUCGGCGAGAAGAGAAAGGAUGGCAAGUUUGUGAGCGACGACGGCAAGGUGCCAGCCGGAAGUGACGAGGUUGCCGAUCUUUUGGAUAAGUGCCUCAAGUGGUCGGAGAUCGUCCUCGAGAGGCAAGGCGUGAUACCCGAGCCGUUCAAGGCAACCUACGACGUCCUUGUGCGAAUCCGAAACGAGCUGGAGAAACUUUCAAUUACACAAGCAUGGUCUCUUCGCGAAGCCGAUUUGUUCGAUUUCCAAAGACAGCUGGACAAGAUUGACGAGAGUCGAGUCGACGGCAACUGGCUUGAUGAUCAAGGCAAGCCGGCAGAACUUUAUGUUCAGCGUACCCUUCUGUACCUGAUUCGAAGAAGUUACGCAUACGUCUACUCCCUGAUGAUCUCGUCAGAGCCCGUAUCUGAGGCUCUGCUGCCCAUCUACAACCAGUUGCAAACGCUCAAGAGAUGUCUGAUUGAGGUGAAGAACAACGGUGGCGUUCAGUCGGUCCGGGAGCUAUACCCCUACAGCAUGAAGCUUCAUUCUAUCGACAACAUGCGCCAAGACGGCAAGUUCAUGAUCAACAACGACAUUCCGGAAGGCCAGGGUAGUGUCACCGAGCUUCUUGCGGAGUGCUUUGAGCUCAACUACGAGCUUAGGGUUGCGGCUGAGGAACAGGCCGAGGCCUAG